AUGUCUUAUUUAAAUACUUUAGAAAAAUUUUCAGUAGGAAAAAUUAAAUCAAUUCAAGAUAAUGUAAUAAUAGCAACAGGUUUAGAGAAUGUAUUCGUAGGGGAAGUGGUUAAAUUCAAAUCCCAAGAAUCUAAUUUAUUAGGACAAGUUUUAAACCUAGAGAAAAAUCAAGUACGUAUCGUAAUGAUUAAUGGUAAUCAGGGUAAUUUAAAAAGUAAUGAUUUAGUUUACAGAACAUAUAAAGACGUUAAAACUAAAGCAGGAUACGGAGUUUUAGGGAGAGUAGUUUCCCCUUUAGGAGAGUGUUAUAAUGAGGAAGAUUUUGAUGAAUUCACAUAUCUUUUUAAUGAUAUUUCUCUUAUAGAAGAAGUAUCAGUAGAAAUACCUGCUCCUGGAAUAAUAGAAAGAGAGCCUGUAAGAGUACCUUUUUUAACAGGAAUUAACGUUGUUGAUUGUUUAAUCCCUGUGGGAUGCGGUCAAAGAGAACUAAUAAUUGGGGAUCAAAAUACAGGUAAAACCUCUUUAGCAAUUUCCACAGUAUUAAAUCAAAGACUGGUAAAUAACGUAAUUCAUAAAAAAUGGAGAAAUUUAGAAAAUGAAGUAAAAAUAGAUAGGCAUAGUAACUUCAUUACAUGUAUUUAUGUUACAGUAGGAACAAGAAGAUCUGAAGGAUCAAGAAUAAAAAAAACACUAGAAAAAAUGGGAGCUCUAAACUAUACAUCUAUUGUAUUCUCUCAUGCAGAUCAAGCCGCAGCGCUACAGUUUAUUGCACCAUAUGCAGGGUGUGCAAUUGGGGAAUGGUUUAGAGACAGAGGGUACAGAGCCAUUGUAAUAUAUGAUGACUUAUCACAACAUGCAGUAGCAUAUAGACAAAUGUCUCUUCUAUUAAAAAGACCUCCAGGAAGAGAAGCAUACCCAGGAGACGUAUUCUAUGUACAUUCCAGAUUACUAGAAAGAGCAGCACAAUUACAUAGAAAUAAAGGAGCUGGAUCAUUAACAGCAUUACCUGUAAUAGAAACAAAAGGAGGAGAUAUUUCAGCAUAUAUUCCUACUAAUGUAAUUAGUAUUACAGAUGGACAAAUUUUCUUAUCAUCACAAUUAGCUAAUCAGGGAAUUAGACCAGCAGUAAAUGUAGGUUUAUCCGUAAGUAGAGUAGGAUCUUCGGCACAGUAUAGUAGUGUGAAUGGAAUCUCUAAAAAAAUAAAAUCGGACUAUAGUCUAUUUAAGACUUAUGAAAGUGUAGAAAAACUAGGGGGGGAAAUAGAUCCAAUUGUUAUGUCUUACAUAGUAAGGGGUAAAAGAAUUAAUGUAUAUUUUCAACAAUCUUUAUAUGAAACUUUACGUUUAUAUCAACAAGUAGUAUGUUUGUUUGCAUUAGCAGAAGGGUUUGUAGAUGAGGUAGAAUUAGUAUGUGCUUCUAACUUCUUUGGAUUAUUAUUUAAUACCCAAUUAGCAGGUAAAUAUUUAGAAUCUAAAUAUUAUCCUUUUGUUUCAUAUCUGAAUGAAAUGGAAUGCUUUUUUGUAAGUUAUGAAAUUGAUUUCUUCAGAAAAGAUUUAAGAGCUUGGGUAUCAAGUUAUAAAGAUUUCUUUUUAAAAAAUAUUCAACCAAGAAUAUUAGCUGAUAAAAAAAAAUUGUUUUCUAAUAUUUUUUAA